AUGGCAAACCAGCGGGUUGUUUACAUGGCCACAGCCUUUGCUUUGCGCAGCUUGCCUGCAGUCGCAAACCUCAUCGGCAACUUUCUCAACAUGCUGCCUAUUCGAGUUGCUUAUGAUCCCAGAGAGCCAUACUUGGACAUUGCAUCGCGUGUGGCGCAGUCAACAAUUAAUGUCCAGCGCUACAACCUCGCCCCCUUCAUACAGAUAGUCUCUGACACCCAACCACAUUUUCCAACAGCAGAUCCAUCGAGGAAUCCCGUCUAUCAGUCUAUGGUUGACGUAGUUCCCCGCGACGACGAUAGUGACGAGGUUGGCCUCAAGGGAGUCCUCGACGUUUUCCUGUUUGCGAACACCAGGAACGGGCAAAUCUUCAGAUUGGACGGCGUGUUCAACAACACAGUCUGGAGCUGA